AUGGCGGCCAAGAUGGAUUCAGAAACUAUCAUGCAUCAAGCGAAUAGCGUUUGGAAAAUGCUCAGCGAUUUAGCUGACAGUGAUCCUGAGGCGUACAAAAAGUUUAUGGACAAGACUUUGAAAGAGGGYUCAGAAGAAUUUAAACCGCCACAGCCUUGUUUUUGCAUAUCAACUGUUAUGUUACCAGAGGUCAUCACWCAUAAGUUGUACAUAAAUAUAUGCGGAUGGCAACAAGUCCCAGUUCCAAAAACCGACCAGGAUCCUAUCCCAGUGAUAGCAGGUGUUAUCCAAGAAAUAACUGUUGAUGACUCCACUCACUCUGUGGUUGAUGUAAUUUUUAAUCCUAAAGUUCUUAAAGAUGUUGAGCACAAAAAUGACCAUAGGAAUCUUCUAGUUCACUUGGCAUUAGAUUAUCUUGAAAACGUUAAAAACAUCCAAGUUUCAAAACAGUAUAAAACGUUAAAAACCAAGUAUAAAGGCAAUAGUUCUAAUUUGACCAAGUACUUAAAGCCAGGAGCAUUUGGGGACCAAACUCAAAAGGCUGGCUCAGCACCAAGUCACCAGAAGGRCACAGAAGGGACCAAGGACACACUUCUUGAACAGCUUUCUUCAAUAGCAGUUCAAGACAACAAUGAURAUGGCAUACAAGGGAUUGAUUUAUUUAAUACAAAGAGCUCUCAGGGUGGUAAAAAGGGACUGAUUGAAGAAAUUUCAACAGAGGUCCAUUUGAAGCAGGACCAAGAUGUUCAGGUCCCAAAGUAUGAAAUGGUUUUCUCAAAGCAGAGUGUGAAAUCUGGUGAUCAAAUUGUUAUCACUGUAAAGUURCCUAAAGUAUCUUCAGUUAAUCAGUGUGAACUGGAUGUAUCUGAGGUUGAUGUCUUGUUAAACGUCCCAUCAUUGUAUCAACUACAGAUUGAUUUACCGACGAAAGUGGAUGACAGCAAAGUGACUGCAUCAUUUAACAAAACUGACAGAAUAUUAAUAAUUAGGCUGCCCACAGCAGAAUAGACAACACUUUGAUUGAAUUUUUUCCACUGRAAUGCUUUACAUGAGGGAUGUACAGUGAAAUCUCUAUAUUACAGACAACACAGGGUUACAGAAAAGCCAAAUAAUGCAGUGGAUAGCAUUGUGAAAUUAUUAUUUAAGUGUUCAAUGUAGAGAUGAUAUAUUUAUCAGCUGAACCUUAAGAAAAUAAUUACAAACUUU